GCCCUCUUGGCCGUUGAGACGUGCUGUCGGUGCGCAGCUGAUCAGAUGGGCGACGAAGACGUUCUACAUGGGGAACGCCCUUCCCCGAUGGGACAUCUCUCAAGAGCCUAACGAGAGAGAGCUUGCCCAGCUAGAAGACUACCGAGCCAGAUUCGUAUGGAUCGACCCUGUUGACAUACGGGAGCUUGUUGCUCCUCUCCGUGCUUGGGCAGAGCACGCCGGUGUACAAGGUGUGCGAAUCAGAGGGUACUGGGUGGGGGAGGAGGUCGAGCGACCUGCUAGGGGACGAGCGACGGUCGGCAGGAGUCAGGCAGAUAUUUUGCAGUAUCGGGAGAUGGAGAGACGGGAGAGGGAACGGGAGGCGCUGGGAGGAGGAGAAGGGAGGAGGGAGACGGGAAAGGUUAUGCUUUUCUUACAUGGAGGUUCUUAUAUUACGGGAAGCGCUCAUCCCUCCGACUUCACCUCUUUCCUCCCUGGCAACAGCAUCCAUCACUCACACAAGCUACGUGCAUGCCUAUCAGUAGACUACCGGCUGUCCUCCGCCUCCCCCAACCCCUUGGCCAACCCAUUCCCCGCAGCGCUACUGGAUGCUCUCUCCGGGUUCCGCUACCUCCUCUCUCUAGGUAUCUCCCCUGGAGAAAUAAUCAUCGCCGGCGACUCGGCAGGCGGGAACCUCGCAUUAGCAUUAUGCAAGUACCUCGUCGAAGCUGAAUCUCUCGGUCCUGUCCUGGGCGGCCUUGUUCUGCUUAGCCCGUGGAGCGACCUCACAGACUCGCAUCAUUAUCCCGAUUGCUCGCUAUAUCGGAACUAUAAGACGGACUACCUCCUCGGGCUAGAGGAAAGCAUGGGCAGCUAUUCGGUGCACGCCUACUGCGGAGGCGUGUCACCCUGGUGUCCGUGGAUCUCCCCUGGUUCGCUAAGACCGGGCGAGCCCUUCCCGGGUAGCGAGGAGGAGCGAGCGCAGAUAUAUGUAGGAGCUGAAGACUGGGACGAUGCGAGUUUCCUCCAUUGGCCACGGACGCUCCUUAUUCCCGGGUCGGUGGAGAUGAUCAUUGACGAGAUCCGCACACUCAAGGGGAAGAUGAUGAGGGAUCGUGUGAGGCUUACGUAUAGGGAGUGGGAGGGGUGCCCGCACGAUUUUAUGACUAUGUGGUUUAUGGAGCCGGAGAGGACGCAGAUGCUGAGGUUUAUCGGCGCGUGGAUCGAUGGGGAGGUCAAUGAGGAGAUCGCGACUGGAGAGACGACGGAUUGAGUGGGUGGUGGAUCCUCGCACGGAACAUUCGGAUCGGGACAAUAUGGAUGGAAGCCGUUCAGG